ACCAUAGUGUCACAACUGUCCCAGCAGGUCUAGAUAGCCAAUAAGUGGAUGGUUUGACACUCCACUAAUUUAGUGAGCCGGGGAUGGCUGACCAGUGACGAUCUAGUAGUUCGCGAAAGGCUUACGCACAGAAAUGCUGCAGUUGUUCGCAGUGUCCUAUUCUACCAGAUACAAUGAAAUCCUUUUAAUUCUCACUUGAACUUAAUAAAAAUUGAAAAAAAUUCAAUUCUUAGUAUUACAUUUGCAUCUGGUAGCCCAUAAAAAUCAUCUAAUUUCGUCGUCGACUAUAUCUUAUAGAUUAGUCCUGUGAUAAAUAACUCCUCAGUGAUUUUCAUCUUUACUUCCGAUUUGUGUUUUUCCUUUUGAUCUGUGAAAGUCAAUAACAGUGAAAAUGACGGGCCCGAAUGUUGAUGAUGUGAAAGUAUCCCUGCAGCGGUUCGGAUGGCCCGAUUAUGUAGUUUUUGUGCUGAUGUUGUGCAGUUGUGCCUUAAUUGGUGUUUAUUUUGGCUUCAUAAAGAAGAAUCCUAAGAAAUGCAAGGAAGCUGAAGCGAACUACUUGGUUGGAGGAAGACAGAUGAGUAUAUUUCCAGUGACGAUGUCGUUGAUAGCGAGUUUCAUUUCCGGUAUAACCCUGCUUGGAACACCAACCGAGAUUUAUCUACAUGGGACUCAGUACAUGUUCAUCAUCGGAGGAGUCCUGAUAAUGGGGGUAGUUAUGACUUACGUUUACUUGCCUGUCUUCCACGAUUUGAAAUUAACAUCGACGUAUCAGUAUUUGGAAACAAGAUUCGACAAAAGGAUGCGACUUUUUGGGUCAAUUUUAUUUACAUUUGGGACUAUGGCCUGGCUACCUAUUGUAAUUUACGUCCCUGCUCUAGCUUUUAACCAAGUUACAGGAGUCAAUGUUCAUUUGAUAACACCCAUAGUUUGCGUUGUGUGCAUCUUCUAUACUUGCGUUGGAGGUUUGAAGGCGGUCGUCUGGACCGACGUGGUGCAAACUAUAAUGAUGUUCGGAGCAAUGGGGUUGAUCAUAAUCAAGGGAACUUUGGACAUUGGCGGAAUCGAAACUGUCUGGACAAGGUCAUGGGAAAGUGGACGAAUUGAAGGACCAGAUAUGGAAUUUGAUUUAAAGUCGAGGCAUACACUGUGGUCUGUCACAUUUGGUGGAUUUGCUUAUUGGCUGAAAAGCAAUGCAGUGAGUCAAAAUAUGAUCCAACGAUAUUUGUCUUUGCCAACACUUCAUAAUGCUAGAAAAGCACUCUGGUUUUUCAUAUUAGGAGUACUUUUGCUGCUGGGAAUAUGCUGCUACAGCGGACUUCUGAUCUAUGCAACAUAUCAUGAUUGUGACCCUCUUUCUACUAAGCUAGCGAAAGCCAAGGAUCAACUAUUACCUCUUCUUGUUAUGCAAAGUCUAGGCGACUUUCCUGGUUUACCAGGAUUAUUUGUUGCAGGUGUUUUCAGUGCAGCUCUUAGUUCACUUUCAACUGGUCUCAACUCGAUGUCAGCCGUUGUUUUGGAAGAUUUCUUCAAAGGAUUCAGCAAUCGUCCCUUGAGUGAUCGGCAAACUGCUUUUAUAAUGCGAGGAGUCGUGGUUGUUUUUGGAGCCAUCUGUGUUGGUUUGGUAUUCGUAGUGGAAAAACUAGGUGCUGUUCUGCAGUUAUCUAUGAGUUUGGGUGCUGUUUCGAAUGGACCGCUACUGGGAAUAUUUACGAUGGGAGUAAUGAUACCAUGGGUUGAAGGAAGAGGAGCAAUAAUUGGAGGUUCAGCUGGACUUGCUAUUAUGGCAUGGAUAUGCGCUAAAGCCCAGGCAGCAAUUGCGAUUGGAGAGCUGUCCUUCCCAAGUAAACCACUUUCAACAACUGGAUGCAGUUAUACUUUCAUGCCAUUUAAACCACUCAGCAUGUUGGCUAUUAACGCCACUGAACCGCCCACAAUUCAGCCGGAGUUUGACCCAUCUGAAUUCAAAAUAUACCAUAUCUCAUAUCUUUGGUACACACUGUUUGGAGCUGCUAUCACGAUCAUCAUCGCGCUCGCUACUUCAUAUAUCUUGGGCCCUAACAAGCCAAGUGAGUUGAACCAAGAUCUUUUGGCGCCGUUUGUAAGAAGGAUUAUCAGACGGAUGAAUAAGACAGAAGCGAGAAGUGAAAAACGUUUGGACCCUGUUGGAACUGAACAGGAGAACAUCUUUUCGAGUUCAAUGGACUUGAAAGAACUGCGGAAGAUAGUUGGCGAAGAAGAGGAUUGCGAGAAUCUAUAAGUUGCCUUAAGAUACUCUUAUUUAUAAAAUACAUUUCUAAAACCAAAGAAUUUUUACUAAAUAAAUAAAAGGAAGCAAAAGA